UCCAUGACGUCAGACUACAGAAGACGUCGCUGUGGUAGUGUGGGACCUCUUCUGCCGGUAUAAUUUCACAUUGCAAAGGCCUUGCCCUCAUCCCGAAGUGUGUUCACAAGAGUCGCAGCCCUGCAUUUCAAAACAGAAGACGAGUAUUUCGCCAUGAACUCUGACAUGGAUGGUGACAUAGAAAAUCAGGUGGAGUUGGAGGAGAAGACCAGACUUAUAAACCAGGUCCUUGAGUUGCAGAAUACUCUUGAGGAUCUCUCAGCUCGGGUGGAUGCAGUAAAAGAAGAAAAUCUGAAGUUAAAAUCAGAGAAUCAGGUUCUUGGGCAGUACAUUGAAAACCUCAUGUCGGCAUCUAGCGUAUUUCAGACCACUGACUCCAAGAGCAAACGGAAGUAAGAGGGCAUCCUCUCUCCCAGAAUCCCUUGUGUAGACGGCAACCCCACGCAGAUAAACCCUUGCCAUAUCAGCUCAUUUAAACUUUCCACUAGGAUUCAUUUGAUCCUUAUGCCACUAAAAUUAUAAAUGUUUACAUUUAUUUUAUUUAUCAGUAUUGUUCUUUAACGUUUCAUCUUCAACAACUUUAUUAAACAUGUUACAUACUAAAUCAUUUUAUAAAUAUAUUUACUUGUUAAACUAAGACUUUAUAUGUUGUUUUGCAGUUUUUUAUGUUCAGACAGGGUAUGAUAUUAAUAUUAUUUGUAAUAUUUUAAAUUGUUUUGUCUCACUAAACAAAUUGAUAAUUGAUUAAAAAUUUCAUAUGUA